AUGCCCAAGCGAGCCAGUGGCCCUCGCUCUCGGAAUGGCUGUAUUACCUGCAAGAUCCGUCAUGUCAAAUGUGACGAAGGCAAACCGGGCUGUCUUCAAUGCCACCGGUCGGGCCGGCAAUGCGAUGGGUACGAUAGCGCUUCCCAGUCGCAGCUUCGUCGACGGAUAGACGAACGCCGUCGGGCGUCUCCCCCCAGGCCGUCGAUCAGCCCGGAUCACCAGAUGCUUGUUCGACGCGAAACCGCCACAGAGCGCCAAUACGUCGAGUACUUUUUCCGUCGAACAACACAGGCCUUUUCCGGCUACUUUGACUCCCUGUUUUGGUCUCUCCUGGUACCCCAGCUCAGCGAGCGCGAGCCGAGCAUUCGACAUGCCAUGACGGCCAUCGGGGCUCUCCAUGCCAGUGUGGAGCGUGCAAGGGGACUCCAACCGCCAGUAUUCCCGGGCGAGUCAUGCCCGAGCACGAUGCAGUUCGUGCUCGAAGAGUACAACAAGUCGAUUCACCACCUGAUGAGCGCGCUCUCGACCACACAAAGCGACAGCACGGACUUGAUUCUGACUACCUGCUGUCUCUUCGUGUGUUUGGAGAUCCUCCGCGAAAACCGCAAGGAGGCACUGGACCACAUCGAGGCCGGGCUGAGGAUCAUAUCCCGGCACGAUCAGACCCGGACGGGGGGGGCCAACGUUGGCAACCCGUUGUUCCGGGAAAUUCGAGCCCUGUUUGCCCGGAUGAACGUGCAGGCUUCGCUGUUCGGGCGGCUGUUGUUUCCUCUGCAGUUCCCGGCGUGGGACGCCGCGCGGCAAGGCGUUGCGUUUCCGAGUAUGUCGCACGCGCGAGAGGUCCUCGACCAGCUGAUGAACCAAGGCCUGGUCUUCAUUCGCUCGAUCGGGAUGACAAGGUCCGCGCGAGACGCCGCGUCGCAGCGGAAAUUCGACGCCGAGCAGCGGCAACUGCUGCGCGGGUUCGAGAUGUGGAGUCUCUGGCACGAUGACCUGCUGCUCCGACUGGGCGCGCGAAUCCCGCCGGUGGAUUCAUGUGCGUCCCUCACGCUCCGAAUAUACUAUCAUACUUCGGUUCUCUGCGUGCGCAGUGCGUUGGAACGGACCGAGGACAUCUUUGACGGGUUCACUGCCGACUUCGAGACCAUGAUCCGGCACUCUGAGGAAAUCGGCCGGGUCACCUCCUCCUCCUCCUCCUCCUCUCUUGAUGCACAUGCGGUGUUUUCCCUGGAAGGCGAAAUCAUCGCGCCGCUGUACUAUGCCGCCUGUAAGUGUCGCCAUCCCGCCAUUCGACGACGGGCCGUGGAUGUCCUCUCGCAUUACUCCAAGAAGGAGGGCAUGUGGGACGCCCGCCGGUACGAAGCGGUUGCGAAGCUCGUCAUCGAGGUCGAGGAAAGUAGCUGCGCUUCUCCGCCGCAGAGCGAGCAAGACAUUGGUUCGUUAGCCCGGGUGUACGAAGCGUUCCAGCCGGAGGAGGUGGAACUGAAUCCGUGCCGCGUGCUGUUGUUCCUGAAGCCACAGGGGGAGGGGGGGGACUGGGAAACGCGCAGUAUAUCACUGAAGUGGUAG